AUGGAAAACUUUUACCCUCAUGUUGUGAAGCGCAUUAAUAAGGAAAUAUGUGAAGUUCUGAAUGAAAAUAUUGAAGGAAUAGAAAUUCUUGUUAAUGAGCAGGACUCUAUCGAUAUCCAAGCUAUCAUCAAUGGACCCGAAGGGACCCCCUAUGAGGGUGGAAGAUUCCAUGUCAAAUUAGUGUUGACGGAGGGCUAUCCCAUGGAUCCUCCUAAAGGAUACUUUUAUACCAAAAUAUUUCACCCGAACAUUGCGCCUGCUACCGGGGAAAUUUGCGUAAACACACUAAAGCGGGAUUGGAAGUCUGAUCUAGGGUUGAAACACAUUUUGCUGGUAACUACAUGCACACUCUGUUUAAUUUCUCAGGUUAUACGGUGUCUACUACUUGAUCCCAAUCCGGAAUCAGCACUCAAUGAGGAGGCUGGUCGGUUACUGUUGGAAGACUACAACGAAUAUGUGGCUCAAGCACGGUUAUACACGGAUGUGCAUGCCUGCCAUCACUUGCGUAAAUCUAAACAAGCAAAAGAUAAUUGUGAAGGCGAUGCGCUGGGAAUGUAA